UGCACGCAGUCGCCCUGCGUCCCUUCCCCAACGGUCCCGCCGCCUCCUUCUCCAUGGCCGGGAGGAAGCUGUGGGGUUGAAACAGCGACAAGGGAGGCCGGAAGCUGGGGGGAGGGAGCGGGGACUCGCUUUCUCUCCCCCCUCCUUUUCCCCGUCCUCCGUCAUCUCACCUUUCCCUUCUGCAGGCCUUGCUCGUUGCAAGUCAUUGUUAAGAGAUGGUUCAAGAAAAUCUACCUCAUAAAUUCCGUUUGUUUGCCCAUAUGCUGCAUCACUGGAGAUCUCAACAGGAACUUGUCAGUUAUUUUUGAAAGUCUCAGGAGAACAUAUGGACAUCAGGUCAAUGUAUUACACUCUAGGAAUGGUCAAAAUAUGAAGCAUUCUCAAUUCAGCAGGCCAAUGUAUUACCCAUAAGUGUAUUAAGAAAGCUUAAAAACAUUUCAAACAGUACUCUCGAUAAUUCUUAAUUAUUCAGGAAAUGGUAGCUUGAUCUCUUCUGAAAUCAAUUGACUUUCUCUAAUCUUGUCUUGGAGAUAUUAAAUGGAAUGCAAUCAUGUCUACCCAUGAAGGAAUACAGAUCAACACAGACUAUGCUGUCGCUUUGUUAGAACAGUUAAAAUCAUUCUAUGAACAGCAAUUGCUAACUGACAUUGUUUUAAUUGUCGAGGGCACUGAAUUCCCAUGUCAUAAGAUGGUUCUUGCAACAUGCAGCUCUUACUUCAGGGCAAUGUUUAUGAGCGGGUUGAGUGAAAGCAAGCAAACACAUAUUCAUCUGAGGAAUGUGGAUGCAGCCACUUUUCAGAUCAUAAUAACUUAUGCUUAUACGGGUAAUUUGGCAAUAAAUGACACAACUGUUGAACAGCUUUAUGAAACAGCUUGUUUCCUACAGGUCGAUGACGUGUUACAACAGUGUAGGGAAUAUUUAAUUAAAAAAAUUAAUGCUGAAAACUGUGUGCGGCUUUUGAGUUUUGCUGAUUUUUUUAGCUGUGAGGAGUUAAAACAGAGUGCUAAAAGAAUGGUAGAACACAAGUUUACAGUUGUAUAUCACCAAGAGGCUUUUAUGCAGCUCUCACAUGAUCUGUUGAUAGAUAUUUUGAGCAGUGACAAUUUAAAUGUGGAAAAAGAAGAGACAGUUCGUGAAGCUGCUAUGUUAUGGCUGGAGUAUAAUACAGAAUCUCGAUCACAGUAUUUGUCAUCAGUUCUUAGCCAAAUAAGAAUUGAUGCACUUUCUGAAGUUACACAACGAGCUUGGUUUCAAGGCUUACCACCAAAUGAUAAAUCAGUAGUGGUUCAAGGGUUGUAUAAAUCUAUGCCGAAGUUUUUUAAACCAAGACUUGGAAUGACUAAAGAGGAGAUGAUGAUCUUCAUUGAAGCUGCUGCUGAAAGUCCUGGUAAUAUUUACUCUUCAGUAUCUUACAGCCCACAGGCUGAAAAAGUUUAUAAACUCUGCAGUCCUCCUGCUGAUCUCCAUAAAGUUGGGACACUUGUAACUCCUGAUAAUGAUAUUUAUAUAGCAGGUGGGCAAAUCCCCCUGAAAAGUACAAAAAUCAACUACGGUAAAACUAGCAAAUUUCAAUUUGCUUUCCGUACUGUGAAUUGUUUUUACUGGUUUGAUGCCCAGCAAAAUACAUGGUUUCCAAAGAGUCCAAUGCUAUUUGUUCGUAUAAAGCCAUCUCUUGUUUUCUGUGAAGGCCUUAUCUAUGCAAUUGGUGGAGACAGUGUUGGUGGAGAACUCGACAGAAGAACUAUGGAAAGAUAUGAUACUGAGAAAGAUGAAUGGACCAUGGUAAGCCCUCUGCCCUGUGCUUGGCAGUGGAGUACAGCCGUUGCUGUUCAUAACUGCAUUUAUGUAAUGGCGCACAACUUGAUGUACUGUUACUUCCCCAGAUCAGAUGCUUGGGUUGAAAUGGCUACAAGACAAACUAAUAGAUGCUUCGCUUCAGCUGCUGCUUUUGGGGAUAAAAUAUUUUAUAUUGGAGGCUUGCAUGUUGGCGGCAAUCUUGGUAUAGGAUUACGUCCUCGGACUAUAACUGGACCUUCCCUAGCAGUGGAAGUUUAUGAUGUGAAUAAAAAUGAAUGGCAAAUGGCAGCCAAAAUUCCUGCCAAGCGAUAUUCUGAUCCCUGUGUCAGAGCUGUUGUGAUUUCUAACUCAAUGUGUAUCUUUGUACGAGAAACACAUAUGCAUGAAAGAGCCAAGUAUGCCACAUACCAAUAUGACAUGGAACUUGAUCGUUGGUUCUUGCGACAGGAUAUAUCUGAGCGGGUACUCUGGGAUUUGGGAAAAGAUUUCCAAUGCACUGUGGGAAAACUCUAUCCAUCUUGUCUUGAAGAGUCCACAUGGAAACCUCCAUCAUACCUAGUUUUUCCUUAUACAGAUGAUGAGUUUGAAAUUGAGGAGGAUGUUCCAUUGCCACUUGUAUAGCUCCCUUAUUCAGAGACUGCAUGCCUGUAACUAAUUAUGAACAUUGUAUUUGAGAGACUAGAGCUGCAAAAUGAAAUGUUGUCUUGUAUGUAUGCCCUAAUUUUUUUGUGGCCAUUGAGUGUAAAUCAGUAAAAAUUCUUACUAGAUAUGCUUCCAUCAGUCCCUCUGAUAGUUGAUGGAAUUUCUCACACACACAACACAACCUGUGUGUGUGUAUAUGUGUGUAUAUAUGAUUAUAUAUAUCAUAUGAUCAUAUAUGUCAUAUGAUUAUAUGUAUUAUCUAUAUGUAUCUAUAUUUUAAGCUUAAAGCCUCUGCUUGUCUAAAUUUUUAGUCCUGUGAAAACAUUGAGUUCUGGAACUUUUCACAAAGCAGCUUCUAUUUCUAGAAUGUUAUAUUAAUUGUUCAAAAUAUCUUCCAGUUAUAUUUAAAUAAGUUCUGGAAAUAUCUAUAUGUGCUAGUUAUAUAGAUUGUGUAGCUGAAUGAAAUGUGCUGCACUCAAUACACACAGUUGUAUUGGUGUAAUAAUACCAUGUAAAAGAAUAAAAUCCCAUGGAUCUACCUGUGGUAGGAAGGGUAGAUCUUCCAUUUUAUGGUGAUAUGCAGGGCAAAAUGACUGCAGGUUCAGUCUAGCUAUAUUAUGAUAAUGAAGAAGAAGAUGAUGACUAGGUGCAUGUAUUUUCACUAACUUAUACCUGUUUAUUUAGAAUACAGGUCUUCCGAGCAGCUGGUAGUUUACCAGGUGUGAACUGACAUUGCUGGGCUUGCAGUAAGAAUUGCUAGCCCUUCAUAGUGCGGGUCUGUGUGGAGCUUUUGAUCAGUAAAUAGCUCCAUGUUCUGUAUUUCUGAAACAUUGGCUUAUGAAUAUUAGUUCCUGCUGCUUAUUUUCCCCUACCCCAGUAUAAACAAAAGUGUAGUGUGAAUUAACCAUGUCUUUAUUUUUGUUAAUUUAACAUUACUGUAAUAUGUCUUUGUAAAAAUAUUCUUACGUUGUUUGUCUCUUAUUUUCUCUUGUGGGGUGGGGGGGGGGAGAGAAAUUUUGUUCAGGAAUACUUUGUGCUGAAGAGCGGUUGCUGCUCUGGCAUUAAUCCCAGGAACCACUAGCAGUAGUAAGGCACCACCAAUCUCAUAGGAGCCCAGAUACUUCAUCAUGGAUCAUACUAGCAUGUUCAGCUGCAUCAUGUUCUGGCAUUGUAUUUUGAAUAUUAAUUUAUUAAAAAUGAAUCAUUGUUCUUUCCUCCCCCCAUAAGUCUGUGUAUUUAUCCGGAGUUGUUGAAGUAUGAUUGAAACAACAGUUUUAAAAAUUGCUGUUUAAAAUGUUAAUACAUACAAUAGUAGAUUCAGAUGUUCAGAAAAAUCUGAAAAAAUAUGAAAUGAUUAUUUCUUUCUCUUUAGAGGUCAAAAAAUGUUUGAAAACAGAAGAAAAAUAAAAUGUGGUAAAAGCCCUAUAUGUUAAAGAUCAUGCAGGCUUUUAACUCAGGCCUUCUUCUCUUAUUAUUACAUAAAAUCACAGUAAUAUAAUCACAGUAAAGCAGUAUACUGAAUUUUUCUCUUUGGUUCUAGACAUUUAUUUUUGUGCCCUGGGAUUUCUUACACCGGCUUUUUGCUUUCUUUCUUCCUAAUUAAUAACUAUAUUUUCUUUAAUGUUUGCAAUAGAUUUUAUAUUGCUUUGUGAUAAAAUAGUCUCUGCAAACUAGGAAACUGACAUUCAGCCCAAAUCAUAAAAAAUUUAUUAUUGUGUCAGCCAAUUUUAAGAAUGGAAUAAGAAGCAGUUAGAAUUUAUCUUUCUUAUUGCCCCUUUUUCUGAGUCAAUUACUCAUUCUUCAGCAGCUUAUUAAAAACUUUCUAUUUUUGAAAUAAUUCAUUUUGGUUAAGAUAGAAUGCUGUAGCAAAACCUUCAGAGUCUUGUGAUUAAAAAUACUAAUUAAUAGCAUACUUUUUCAUGAACAUUGAAUAGAUAUCAGUUCGUGAAUCUGCCAAUCAAAACUAAAUUUUGCUGUUUGAAAAAUAAAAACAAAACAAACCCAACUAAAAGAGUUAGAUUAAAAAGAGGAAUGGCAGAAGUUACAACACAUGGCCACAGAAACUUGUGUAUAAAGUAGGAAUCUUAUACUUGAACAUGUUAGUGUUUGAUUAUAAUAGUUCUCUUUAAGAAGCAUUUGAUUUAAAGUGUUACAUGCUGCUGAUCCUUUUGUUCUUUAAUUUGGGCUUCUUUUGGUCUUGAUUUUGGCCCUGAACAAGUUUAAAUAUAAAAUUUUGGAAAGGGAGGCGUUGAGAUUCUGCUAAUCUCAUAAAUUCAUGAGAGGGCAUUGUAUAAUUUAUUUAAACUUUUCAAAAUAGCUUAUUACACACUUCAUUUUUGCUGUUAAAAUUAACACUUUUUUCCACUAAAAAAAGUCAGAAUAGAUUCUUGAACAAGAUAGGUCAGCAAGCAUAUAUUUGAGCAAGGCUUUCAGAAAGUUUUAUGAAGAAGCAUAGGCCUCUAUGACAACUUCAUAGGAUUUUGUAAGACUACUAUGACGAGGAUGCUGCCGAUUUUCUUUCAUUAGUGCUUUGGUUCUUAUCAGAGAUUACGGUGGUGGUGUUUUUUAAAAAAAACACCAUAUUCCUCAGCCCAAAAAAGUUUGAAAAACUCUUAGACAAGAUCUGGUUGCAUGCAGAUAAGUUACCUUUUUGCAAACCUGAGAGUAUCUGACCAUGGUAACUAAACCUGAGUGUCACACCAUUUUGAGCAAAAUAACAAAGUUAUCAGUAUAAUAUGUAAACUCAAAACAGGUACAUCCAUUUAAAAAAAAUAUUCUCCAAGCAGUUCUGAUUAGGCCAAUCUAUUUUGCAGUCCUUAGUCCUUUGUUGCCUACCUGUGCUUUAGAACUAACAUUUGUCUUCAUAAACUUAUAAAGAGUGUAUAUACAAUUAGAAUGGCUAUUUUUAUGGAAAUUAUCUAAGAUUCUGGUCAUUUAUAUUGCAAAAUGGAAAAAAGUUUUUUUUUAAAAAAUGCAUUGAAACUGCUCUAUAAUAAGUUUGUACUGAAUAAGAAAACUUUGAAACCAGUGGUAAUUCAGGCUAUAGUAGAGUGGGCUACCAAGAUAAUAGAUAAAACAGGUAUCUUCUAAAUUGCCUACAGGAUAAGAUAUAAAAUAUUUUGUAGGCUUGGUGUUUUUCAAUCCUCAUUCCACAGGCAAAAUAAGCAUUUUCCUUAGCUACAUUAUACAUGUUCAAUAGAAAAAGAUGUUUUGGAUAUUAAAAUCUAUAUCUACAGUAGAGCAUUAGAGAUGGUAAAGUUUGAAUCAUUUUUAGUUGUUCAUUUUUUCUCCUAUUUUUUGUUAUCUUCAUAACACAGAUCUCAAACUUUAUCCUUUCAGAAGCUUUUAGCACUGUUAAUAAUUCCUCAUGUGAAAUCUACUCAGUAUUUCUACCUAGCAAAAAUAACUAUAGACUUGUAUUGAAAUCUAUUUGUCAUAUUUAGUUACAAUAUUUUAUCCAAAUAACAUGUCUUCACAUACCUUAAAAAAAGAAUAUGUUGUUAGGAUAAAAUAUAUAGAUACAUUAAUAGUCUUUCUCAAACACAAGAAUAUUAUUUGUUCAUCUAAUAUACCCUUAUUCUUUCAGAACUGAUAAUGGGUUGCUUUCAACUAAUUUUUACUGUUAUGUUUCACUUCAGUUAACUCAUGAUUGAACAACUAUGUUUGUAUGUCCAGAAGUUAGUUUUGUGAUUCAUAAAUUAGAUGAGAGGUUUAAGUAUUUAUUUCAUUUUGUAAUGGGAUACACAUUUCUAAAUGCUUGAAAAAUGUUUUAAAAACAAGAAUAGUUGUGUUAUAUAUGAUACAAAUAUAUAAUUUCACAAUAGAAAGUCCCAGUGCAUAAAACAAAAAUACUUCAAAAUAGCAAGAGAUCGUAAAUCUGAUCCUAACUUGUUUGUGCAGGUGAUCCUAACUUGUUUGUGUAGCAUCAGCAUGAUCACAAUAUCCAUUAAAUAGUUUCAUCAUCAUGUUCCUAGUUAUUUGCUCACAGUAAGACUGGAUGCAUGUAUUCAGAAAUUGAAGAUUUCUCAGCAUAUUGAUUGCACAGAGUUACUGCUUUUACAUGACAAUGACAGUUUUAUUUUCAUUUUUUUCCCUAGCUGUUGAAUUAAGCAUAAGUGUAUCUCACUGUACUUACAUGUAAGUAUCAUAUAUUUGAGUCAGACACAUUCUGUGUCACAACAAAGUGAGAGCCAUGUGGUAAUAUAAACCAUUCCAUAAGACUCACUGAAAGCUAAAUUAGGCUAUACUUGUAAGUAUACUAAAAACAUCAAAAUAAAGAAUUAAAAAUGGAAUUGGAAGAAUAAACUUCAUUUUUGUGGUUCUUAUCAAUGAAUGACAAUGCCAAUAAGUUGACACUAUGGGUAAGAAGCACACACACUAAACUAAAAUCCUCGUGUUUUCUUAAAUGAAACCUAGUUUUUAAUUUACACUUCCUACUGGUGGAGAUAAAAGAAUUGUACCCAAGGCUCAAACUCCAGAACAGAAGUUGUUAUUGGCUUACAUUAUUCGUAUUAAAUUUGAAUUGCAUUUUUAUAUCUCAUUGAAGCAACGUAGUUUGAAAUAGCAGUGCCAUCAUUAAAAACAUGUUGGAAAGCUCUUGGGCUACCUUAAACUUUUCUACAAAAUUAUGCAACCUGGUGUUUUUAUCCCAACUUGUUCAGAGGUUACUUCUACAGAAUCUAAAAAACUUCAUUAUAACCAAUGAUUUAUGCAUAAAGGAUCAGAAAUUGAUACAUGAUGACUACUUUUAGUUUUACUGAUAUGAUUAAAUAUUUCUUAAAUUCUCAGUAUGUGAAAUAACUUUUGGAAUGGCAUAUAUUAUAAAUACUUGCAUGGGACUGCCAGUUUUAACUAUUGCUACAUCUUGUUUCAAAAGGCUGUAAUCUUUCCAUGUAAAAAGUGUGUAUAAUCAAACAACUCCCAAUGAGGAAAUCAAAACAAAAGGUUAUGUUAUGAUAGAACUUAAAAUUCAAAAGCAACUACUUUACAGUGUAUUUAAUUUCUAUUCCACUUUUCUGUUCAAAAUUAAUAAUUCAUUAGAACAACUACUCUCCUUGUGCUUAAAGUCUAGUGAUAGCACAGCAUGUUCAGUUAUCUGUAAAUUCAAUUCAGAGUUGAUAGCUUUACAACAGGUUCUUGAGUUAAAAUGCUUCUUUGUAAGCUCUGUUCACAGUUAUACUUGCAGAACUGAAUCACACUUUAAGAGCGUAGUUUAGUAAUGCACUAUUAAAAGAACAUUGAUAUUUGACAAAUCACAAUAUUGGUUACAUUUCAGUUAUCAAAAUGUUUGGAAACAGCAAAGCUUUCCAAUGGAACUAACUGUCCUUUCUAAACAUUUACCACAUGUAGCAAUAUACCUAUAAAAUAUUCUAUUUAAUUGUUAUGAGAUAGCACAUGGAUAUUUGGGAUACCAAAACUGGCUACUAGUUUUCAUAAAGUUGAUUUGGAAUAGUGGAUAUUUACAGUAGCUAUAAACUAAUAUAUAUUAUAAGAAAAAUCUUAUAGUCCAAGCUUUCAAGGUAGAGCUUUAAUCAGAAUUUCCAUUCACCCCAGAUAAUGUAGCCAAUCAUUAAAGCAAUUGCACAAAUUAAAAAUCUAAUUUCAGAACUGUGACAUAGCAAGUAAAUAGAUAGGAAUAUUGCUAGUACAAAUUUGAUAAUAGGCAUUCUCAUCCCUGCUUUAUAGGGAAGUUGUGGAAAUUAACUGUAACUAGAAUAUAUUUGAAAUAAAUUUAUUUAGAAAGAUACAAUCAUAUUUCUCCCUUAAAUCCAGAAUACAAGAAUCUCUGAUUAUGGUAAGCAAUGCAGUCAAGAAAGAAAUAAUGUACUACUAAUAUUCAGCUGUCUAGAAAUCUGAUAAUCUAUGUCAUAAUUUGUGUUAACUAUGCAUUCCUCCUACCAUCACAUCAACUCUGAAAAGGAAAAUCAGCAAUUGUGACCAUGGUAUUAUUUCAAAAUAAAAAUGGUUCAAAAUAAACAUUUGGUUAAAUCAUUGUUUUAAACUGGGCCAUAUUAUGUUUUCAUAGGCAUCAGUGAAAUAAUUUUUCUUUAACAAUGAACAAGGUUAAACAUACUGUAUGUGGGUAGAUGGGGCAAAGAUUACUUGCUAACACGCACUGACUAGAAAAUAUUAUAGCAGCUGUGGAAAAAAAA